CAGUACUAGAGCAAGGGGUCGUGGGUAAUUUACCCAAUGUCGCUGUUCGCGUAGCUUGUGGCGGUGCUCUAGGCAGUUCUCACGUUUGCACUGCAACAACAAAUCCGGUUUUCGGUCAAGUGGUUGAGGUACGUACUGACUUGCCGCUCGACCGUAGCCUGUGGCCACCGAUUAGCAUACAGCUGCUAGAUCAUCCUUUUGUGUCAUCAGGGUCCUCAGGAAGGUCAGGGAAUUUUUAUGACCAAGAUGAAGCUCCUGCGAUGGUCAAGACGCACAGGCACAGGCAGAGACAGCACGAAAAUGCGGCUGAAAACUUGACAGAAAUCCUUGCUACUGCAGAAAUAUCUGGCAACUCAGUGCCAUACCGUUGGAUUGGCAUGCCUGUCUGGAUGAAGUGUCGUUCAACUAACCAGCGAACCCGUAUUUUGCUAAGCUGGGAAUGCGCUGCACCUCCUGACAAACAAGACAAUGCUGAUGGUCGUGAUGCCGGAAAGUCUGGAGGUAUAGGGAGUCUAGUCCUUGGUGAGUCAGAUGAUCAAGCAAGUUCUAGCGAACAACAAAGUAGGUCUAGAGAAGGCGACGACCUGGAACAACUUGAGAGUUCUUCAUCAGGUGCUAAGUUUGAUUGGACAAAACUGCAUGAACACCCUGAAAGACACCUAUGGGCUGGCACAUUGCGUUGUAAGGUACGGCUUUUUGUUCUGGGGAUAAGACUUCAUGGCACAGACCUUGGAUCCUCGUCUACGUCCUUUGCGUCUUCUAGUACUGGUGCAAAUAACACAAACACAAAUACGUUGCUUCCCUACCUAGAAAUCCGACAGAGCAGCACUAACGCGCUAGUUGCCCGGUCGCCCGUUGCAAAUUUGUCUUCGACGAGUGGCAGAC